AUGGAGGAUACGCCAUUGCUUCGUCGUCUUAAUGGACGCCCUCAAGCCUGCGACCCUUGUCGCGCACGCAAAGUUGCGUGCGAUCACGAUCAGCCCACCUGCUCGCGGUGCAGGAAGAGGAAAGAAACAUGCGUCUACACUGUUACCGAGCCAAGGGCAGCAAAGAGGCAGCGACUCCGACCUCCCUCGAGCUCCUCUACAACACCAUCGCCGUCUGCGCCUGGGUAUCUCGGCUUCACCAGUCACAAUGCCGUUUUUGAAGAGACGCGUAAUAGCCUGAGUCUUGUCCAUGGACCGCCUGUUGAGGUUGAGGCUGGGGUUAGGAGGGCACCGAGGGUUAGGGCUUGUUUGAUUGAGAUGCCGUUUCCUUUGAAGGAGAUGUGUCUCAAUGUUCUCAGGAAUCUUCCGAAGCCGAGUGAUGAUGUCUUGGCUCAUCGACUGCAUUGUCGGGCUGAUGACUGGAUAAUCACUUGUGUCAAGAGGACGAUUGAGGCGAUUCACGCGUGCUGGGGCGAUCAUCUCGAAAGUCGAGAUGACUUGCGACUCGAAGAGAUGGGUCUCGCCAUUUGCAACAACACUGCUCGACCUGUCCACGAUGAACACAUUGGUAGUGUAGAAUGGAUGGAUCAGUUCUCGGGUUCGAAUGUUCGCUGGGAAUCACUCGGUUUGAUCUGGACGUACUGGGAUGGGUCUCCUGGGUCGAAUCCGCAAAAUAUCGUGUCGUGUUUGGGGUAUUGUAUUGAACUGACGAGGCAUUUUACUACGGGGAAUGAUGUGUUGCUUUAUCUUUGCUACCGGAGAGCAACGAUUGAGUCUUUGAUCACAGGAGAUGCAGGCAUGGUGAUGCUAACCUCGACAGGCCUAUUGUGUUGGCGAUAUCACGCAGAUACCGUCUCCUUGAUGACAUUCCUAGGACUGCACGCAGGAUUUGACAACCCGAAUUACGUCCCGACGCUAAAUACAGAGAAUAAACGCCGAAUAGCUGCCCGCGUCUUUACAAUCGACAAGGUCAUGGUUUCGUUUACCGGACGCCCGCCUCUCGUCGGCCGUCGCUACUUUUCGACUCCUCUCCCCCUGGAUAUAAGCGAUGGCGAGUUACUAGGUGAUCAAGAAACUUUGGCGCGCGCGGUGCAGGCGUUGGAUGAGCAUGGAUGGAAUAGGAAUGGCGAGUUGCACUCUGCUACCCUUACACGGGCUCGUCUGCAAAUUGCCGUUAUUAAGGAUGAGAUGCUGGAGAUUGCGCUUGAGAAUAGCUCCAAGGUGUCUAUCAACAGUCUCCUUGAGGUGAAAGCCCGAGCUGAGAGAACUGUAGACCAGUUCCCCCAAUCCCUCAUCUACCGCACCGAGGACUUGAGUGAUCCUGAUGCCGAUAUAGAGAUCAUUUACGCGAGGAUUCUUGUUCGGUUGGAGCAUCUUCAGAAUCUCUUCUUUGCGGAACGAUUACUGCUACGUCUUGGACGUGUGGAUGAGGGAAGGUUGCUUGUCAUCAGCUUCGAGAUGGUGACGCUUACGCUUGUGUUUUGGACGCAUCAAGAUCGGUUUGCUGGAGUGAGACGGGACUUUGAGUGGUUGGAGGCAUCCUCUGCCUCGAACUGCUCCGUCCGACAUUCCACGGCACACAUCCGGAUUGUCCCAAGCUGA